AUGGUGGUGGGCGCUCAGUCGGAUAUCGCCCUUACGCGGCUUCAGCAAACACAAAACCACAUCGCCCCGGAAGCUCCCCAUCGUGAGGUUGAGAGACUGUCGAUUGUUCACGGCCCUACAACCUCUCCUUUGUGGGAGCUGACUUUGAGCGAACUGCUCGAACUUCAGUGCCUACGGUAUCGCGAUUCCGAAUGCCUCGUUGUGCCUUGGACAAGUAUCCGGUGGACGUAUGGACAACUCCAAGAGGAAAGCGAAAGGCUGUCUCGCGGUCUAAUUGCCCGGGGCGUGCAGCAUGGCGAUCGUAUAGGAAUUAUGGCGGGUAAUUGUGAACAAUACGCUUCUCUUUUCUUUGCAGCCGCUGCAGUCGGUGCUAUUCUGGUAGUCAUCAAUAAUACCUAUACAAAAGCAGAGCUUCUGUACGCCUUGGAGCACACAUCUUGCAAGCUUCUCUUUAUAUCCCCUACCAUUGGCCGCCAUUCACUAGAGGAUGCGAUUGAUCACCUCGACUCUCGAGAUCGACAACAUGUUUUUCCGGACCUCGACGUUGUCAUCAUCCGUGGUCAGUACAAGUCAUUUAAAACAUAUCAUGACAUCAUCUGCGAGGGAGAGGCCAUACCCAGAAAAGCUGCUUAUCGACAUGCAAAUGUAAUAAGCCCGUAUGAUGUCUGUAAUUUACAGUUCACAAGUGGCUCUACGGGAAAUCCAAAGGCAUCGAUGUUGACACACCAUAAUCUCGUUAAUAACUCCCGAUUUAUCGGCGAUCGCAUGGACCUGACUUCGUCAGACAUCCUCUGUUGCCCACCACCACUAUUUCACUGUUUUGGUCUCGUUCUCGGUUUGCUCGCGUGUAUUACUCAUGGUGCAAAGAUUGUCUAUCCUAGUGAGACGUUUGAACCUGCUGCUGUUCUACAGGCUAUUUCCAGCGAAAGAUGCACAGCAGUGCAUGGUGUCCCAACCAUGUUUGAGUCCAUCCUUAGCUUACCCCGACCAAAGGAUUUUGACUGUUCUCAAGUACGAACCGGAAUUAUUGCUGGUUCUCCAGUCCCAUACACUCUGAUGCAGCGCUUAGUCAAUGAAUUGAACAUGUCAGAAUUCACUAGUAGCUAUGGGCUGACCGAAGCAUCACCGACAUGCUUCAAUGCCUUCACUUAUGAUACCAUUGAUCGCCGACUUACAACUGUCGGAAAGGUUAUGCCACAUGCUAGCUCCAAGAUUAUUAAUCCUAAGACCGGUCACACUCUUCCAGUUGGGGAGCGUGGUGAACUUUGCAUGAGUGGCUAUCAAGUACAUAGCGGAUAUUGGAAAAACCCACAAAAGACGUCAGACACACUUCUUAAAGAUGAGGACGGCCGAGUUUGGCUCCGGACAGGAGAUGAAGCAGUUUUUAGUGCGGAUGGAUAUUGUACAAUCACUGGUCGUUUCAAAGACAUCAUCAUCCGUGGUGGCGAGAAUAUUUAUCCCCUGGAGAUUGAGGAGAGGCUGGUUACUCAUCCCGCCAUCUCUCGUGUUGCUGUGGUUGGUAUACCCGAUCAACACUAUGGAGAGGUUGUCGGUGCGUUUCUAGAAAUUCCAAAAGAUGCCACUACCAGCGAUACACUACGUGCCGAAGAUCUCCGAAACUGGAUGCGGGAGACAUUGGGCCGCCACAAGGCUCCGAGAUAUUUCUUCGUCUGCGGAUCGCAUGCUUUGCUUCCUACCUCGCUCCCCCAAACUGGAAGCGGAAAGAUUCAGAAACAAAUCCUUCGAGAGCUAGGCUGGAAGUUGGUACAAGAAGGUGAAGUCAAGGUAACCCUUGACUAA